AUGAGUGGGAUCCUCAAUUUACUAAACGCUGACGAGCUUAUCAGAAGACGCCAGCGCGAGCAGGAGCUUGGCACUAAUCCAAGUUUUGCAACACACCAUAACACCACUUUUGCAACCACCCAACCACGUCUUCAUCCCCACGAUACACCAUUAAACACCAACAUAGGUUACUGUAACAACUCUACACCACUGAACAGAAACUAUACAAACACUCAAUUGGCCAAUAAGACUUCUCCCAUCAUAUCCUCCUCAGAGUCAAGUUCAAGCUCACCCUUGGGAAUGGCUUCCUUAACUACAUCCACCAAUUGGAGCUAUGCACCACCAGUCAAUAGAUUAUCAUUUGAAGGUAUCAAAGAAGAAAAGGAAGAGAAAGCAGCAGCAAAAAAAGAAGAAGAAGAAAAAGGAGCAGCAGCAAAAGAGCAGAGACAACGAGAUGAACCCUUGCUACUACUGCUGCUGCUGCUGCUGCUGUUCCAACAGACAAUGGUUAAAACUGAGAGUUUUGCAAAAGAAGACGGGUCUGAUAAAGAGACUGCACAACCUCAAAGCGAGACAUUCUCUUUAAACGAGAGCACAGGUCUUAACUCACAUAAACCAUUGGUUCAUUUGAGAGACCACAUUCCAAAAUCAAGGAUUCGACAAGAUAUCCUUGGGUCAAAGUCAUUUGUCAAAUUAGCUAUAAGAAGAAAAUACUCAACAAAGAGAAAGAACAAUGAUACAAAACAGUCGAAAUUGCACAUCAAGUCAUUGAAAGCAGGAAUUAAGAUCAAGUUGACCUUAUCGCAGAAUUUGUUCGCCUUGUACCACAGCUUGAUACCAUUUACUGACGAGCGCCGUAUUUAUCCACUCUUCCAAGAUGAAGAUAGCAUAUCCCAAUUAAAUGAAUUGUUGCGAGACAAAGUCGCCAAUUAUGCUAAUAGCAAUGAUCAUAAUAUCAGCAGCCAUGGUCUCCACUCUCCUUCUCCAAAUUGCACCAACAACGGCACAAACAGCACCACCAACAACGGCACCACCAACUACAACAAGAAUCUUAUUUCAAAAGGAGUUCAACUAAUUGAUAACAAUAUUGUUGAUCUAAGUGAGUAUCUGAACAAGAUUAUCAAAUCAUUCACAAACGAGAUGAAUCAGUCGACCCCUACCUUCAACUCACUUGAUACUGCUGUAAACACACUUUUUCAAAGCAAAGAAUAUACUCUUAUCCGAAUAACCAGAUCUACUACUGAUGAUGUUCAUGGUAGCUCGAUCUUGAAGUUGGAGACAGCAUCACCUGGUGAUUUCAAUUUGAUUGACGACGAUGAAAAUUCUGAUGAGAUGUUGCAUUCAUUGGGAAACCCCAAUGAAACACCCAAUAACCUAUUCUUCAAAAAAAUAAUUGCUAGACCAAGAUACAAGAGCAACAUGAAAAUAUACUUCAUUCCUGAGAAAGUGAGGUAUUCUCUCUAUACAGAUUACCGGUCGUUUGAAAGAGAUUUGUUCAAUGGCGUAAUACUGGUGGACUUUGAAAACUAUGAUAACCCCAAUGAUUUCAGAAUCAAGAGGGGCAAUGGCUAUGACAGAAACGUGUAUUGCACAUUUCCUACAGACCAAGUGUUGCAACACUACAAAGCACUUGUCAUGGAAAGUCACCAAAGUAGAGUAUCUGAAGUACAAACGGUACUGCACCAACCCUCAUGUGUUUCAUCUCCACAAAUUAUGAACAAAAGCUUAAAUUCGUCUAUUAAACGCGACAGCUCAGUAUCGCCAAACCAAGUCUUGUGGAGUCGACCUCCACCUCCUGUUUCCUCGCAACCAUCAUUACAAGAGCAACAACAGCAACAAAACCCACCAUCAUCAUCUUCUUCUUCAUUAUCACCACCACCACCACCACCAGCACAACAACAACAACAACAGCAACCAACACAUAUACAAACGUCUUUCAUUACGCCAUUGCAACCACUUGUGCAAUCUCAAGUGAGAUCUCAAUCGUAUGAUGGUAGACUGAGCCAAAUCAAUCAAGCUCAAGCUCCAAGCAAUUUGCCCAUGGCUUGUCCACCAAUAUUCAACAACCAAUCAUCACAGCCUACUAUUCCAUCUUAUCAACCAGGACCACAUAUGCAGUCACACUUUCAAGGGACACCAGGAAGACACUCUUUGCCCGAGUUUGUUCAAUUGCCUCCCUUGAGAGCGUUGUCCAACACACCUCGCAGCUCAGUAGGCAAUGGCCAGCGUCCAAUCCAGCUUCCAUCCAUCUCUUUACAGCUGAUUCCACAGUUCCAUUCUGUACAACAACAUUUUUCACCACUACCACCUUCAUUACAACAACAACAACAACAACAACAACAACAACAGCAGCAGCAGCAGCAGCAGCAGCAGCAAAAUUAUCAUAUGCCAUUCGGUGUGAACAACCAUUAUAUGAAUCUUGCGCAUCAUCAAGCACAAAAUUUCCCACCGCGCCCAAUGUGA